AUGGCAGAUGCUGGAGGUGAGCCUCCUCGCCCCCCUAAUCUUUGGUGCAACCACUGUCGGCGGCCCGGGCAUGAUGUCCGUGACUGCUGGCAUGUUUUGGCGCGCCGAGCGGCGUUUAUCAACAGUGUUUCCGCCCUCCCUCCCCCCAAACGAUACCCGGGGGUCAAAAAGACCCGCCGCGGAACCCGCGCUGGGAGGGGGAAGAAGGCUGCCAAGCAUGCCGGUGCUGCGGCUGCAGCGGGUGUUUCCUUUGCCCAGGGCACUGGUGUAGCCCUGAACCUUGAGGGGCUCACUCCUGCAGAGUGUCAGCAAUUGACUGGUGUCGUGGAUGCGGCUGUGUCCGCUGCCGUGGCCCAGUUCAUGGCUGCCCGCUCUGUAGGGGCUUCACCUCAAGUGGACGGGCGUAGCCAGCAGCCGGGUCAGAGGAACCCCGUCGUACGCCAGAGUAUCGCGGGCCCGGAGGAGGAGAACAAGGACGGGGAGAAGGAGGAUGACAUGAGCGUGGACCUUGGUCCCUUCCCCCAGUAA